UUUUGUAAGGCUGACCAAUUUACUGAACCACUGUAAAAUUCAUCUAGCAGAAAAGCCUUACAUGUGUGAUAAAUGUGGAAAAUGUUUUGCAUUCUUGUACAUUUUACAGUCACACAAUAGAAUUCAUACAGGAGAAAAGCCUCACAAGUGUAACUUUUGUGGUAAAUGUUUCACACUAGAAUCAGGUUUAAAGAAGCAUCAAAGACUUCAUACUGAAGAAAAACCUUACAAAUGUGCCAAUUGUGGUAAAUGUUCCAAUAAUUUAGCAGGUUUAGAAAAACACCUUAAAACACAUAUAGGAAAAAAAAAUUACUUGUGCAUCAUAUGUGGUAAAUGUUUCUCAGACACUUACACUUUACAGAACCACCAAAACAUUCAUAAAAGAGAAAAGCCUUACAAUUGUGACAAAUGUGGUACUCGUUUUGCACUACAGAAUCUCUAUCCAUGUCAAUAUUGCAAAGUGGCAUUUUCAAAUGUUUCCUUUUUGAAGGCACAUUUGAAAUUCAAACAUGGAGGAGAAGAAAUUGCCAAUUGGACUUUAGCUCUCACUUCUAAGAAUAGAUUAAAGCCUUUUACUUGUGAAACAUGUGGCAACUGUUUUUUGCAGUUUUCAUGUUUACAGAGACACCUUCUAAUUCAUUCAGGAGAAAAGCCUCACAGGUGUGACACAUGUGGUAAAAGCUUCUUACAGUUUUCAAAUUUAAAGAGUCACCAUAGAUAUCAUACUGGAGAAAAACCUUUCAAAUGUGGCACAUGUGGUAAAGGUUUCACAGAAUGUAGCAGUUUACUGAGACACCAUAGAGUUCAUACAGGAGAAAAGCCUUUCAAGUGUGUCAAAUGUGGUAAAUAUUUUACAGAAUCAUCAAACUUAACGAAACAUUUAAGAAUUCAUGCUGGAAUAAAACGUUACAAGUGUGAUACGUGUGGUAAAUGUUUCACAGCUUUUUGGGAUUUAAAAAAACAUGUUAAAAUUCAUUCAGGAGAAAAGCCUUACAAUUGUGACAAAUGUGGUAAAUGGUUUAAGGAUCGUGACUACCUAAAGAAACAUGUUAAAAUACAUUCAGAUUAUAUGCCUUACAAGUGUGACAACUGUGAUAAAAGUUUUUCACAGCUUACUUACUUAAAGAUGCACCUUAGAAAUCAAAACUUAGAAAAGACUUUCAAGUGUGACAAAUGUGGUAAAUGUUUCACAACAAGUCAUUGUUUAAAAAACCACCUUAGAUUUCACGCAGGUGAAUUACCUUACAGGUGUGACAAAUGUGGUAAAUCUUUUGUAUUGAAGAGCACUCUACAGAUCCACUCUACAAUUCAUACUAAACCUCAUAAGUGUGACAAAUGUGGCAAACGCUUCAUGGAGCUAUUAAAGUUUCAGAAACACUGUGGAAUUUAUAGAUGUGAAAAGCCAUACAAGUGUGACAAAUGUGGUAAAUGUUUCACAACAAGUCAUUUUUUAAACAACCACAUUAGAAUUCACACAGAUGAAUUACCAUACAUGUGUGACAAAUGUGGUAAAUCUUUUGCAUUGAAGAGCAGUCUGUGGAACCACUUUUUAAUUCAUGCUAAACGUCAUAAGUGUGAUAAAUGUGGCAAAUGUUUCACCCGAAGUAAAACUUUACAGAAACACCAAGCAAUCCAUUCUGGUGAAAAGCCUUUCUUGUGUGAAAAGUGUGGUAAAUGUUUUGCACUCCUGACCUAUUUACAGAACCACUGUAAAAUUCAUUUAGGAGAAAAUCCUUACAACUGUAAGAAAGGUGACAAGUUUUUCACUCACAUUAAAUCUGUACAGGAACACCAAAGAAUCCAUUCUGGUGAAAAGCCUUACAUGUGUGACAAAUGUGGUAAAUCUUUUGUAAGGCUGACCAAUUUACAGAGCCACUGUAAAAUUCAUCUAGCAGAAAAGCCUUACAUGUGUGAAAAAUGUGGUAAAUGUUUUGCAUUCUUCUACAUUUUACAGUCACACAAUAGAAUUCAUACAGGAGAAAAGCCUCACAAGUGUAACUUUUGUGGUAAAUGUUUUACACAUGAAUCAGAUUUAAAGAAGCAUCAAAGAAUUCAUACUGGAGAAAAGCCUUACAAGUGUGUCAAUUGCGAUAAAUGUUUUACACAUUUGUCAAGUUUAAAGAAGCAUCAAAGAAUAUAUACAGGAGAAAAACCUUACAAAUGUGUCAUUUGUGGUAAAUGUUUCACACAGCUUACAGUUCUAAAGAGGCAUCAUAGAAUUCAUUCAGGAGCAAAAAACCUUACAAGUUUGACAAAUGUGGUAGAUGUUUCUCUCAGGCUUACUGUUUAGCGAGACACCAUAGAAUUCAUCCUAAUGAAAAACCUUACAAUUAUAGCAAAUUGUUUUGGGAUCUUGGCUACUUAACAAAACACAAUUUAUACAGAAGAAAAACCAGUGUGUUAAAUAAGGUGAAAGCUUUUCUGAUCUUUCACAUUUCUCCAACCAGCAAAGAGAGCCCACAACUGUAAUUAUCUGUGUGAGAUAAGCAUGACUUGAAGUGUCAUCUGAUGUGCCUUGUAUAGUGAAUGACCUUUUUUAAUCUA